ACAGCAAACAACACAACAAACAGACUCGUAUUUUCAAAGAAACAAAUCUCACUGUAUGUAUCAAAUAUUAAUGCUGUAGACAAGACUAUCUUUUAAAUCAGAAUUUGCAAGAUGGAUUGGCAUAUGGGAAAUGUCUUGCCGGGACUAUAUGUGGGCAACUACCGCGACUCCAAAGACUAUCAGCAGCUGGAAAAGUUCAAAAUUACUCACAUAAUAGCCAUACAUGACAGUCCUAGGCGCCUCCUGCCGGACAAACACUAUCUGUGUGUGAUGGCUUCUGAUACUCCAGAUCAAAAUUUGUCGCAGUACUUUUCUGUGUGCAACGACUUCAUUCACGCUGCACGGCUAAGGGAGGGCAACGUGCUGAUCCACUGUCUGGCUGGGAUGUCGCGCUCCGUGACUGUCGCGGUCGCCUACAUCAUGACCGCUACGCACUUGAACUGGAAGGAGGCUUUGAAGGUGGUGCGCGCUGGUCGCGCAGUUGCCAAUCCCAACACGGGCUUUCAAAAUCAGCUGCAGGAGUUCGAGCAGUUCAAACUAUCAGAGGAGCGUCGACGUUUGAGGGAGCGUUUCCCGUCGUCGGCGCUGGAGCAACUAGAUCGGGUGAAGUGUAGCGUGGCCCUGGAUAGCUACCAAGAGCUGCUGCAGAACAGAGACAUAUGCGAGGGCAACUGCUCUCGCGGCGAAAAGUGUCCCACAGGCGUUUGUAACAUGGACCCCACCAAAGGACUCUUCCGCCGGCGUCCGUCGAGUGCCUCCAGCACGCAAUCCAGAGUGCGCGCCCAGUCCUCUAAUGCCAACUCCAACAGCAACUCAUCGUCAAGCUCCUUGGGCGUCAGCAGUGCUGCUGGAGGCCUUGUCGUCGUAGCCCAAUCCUGUCCCACGUCACCAAAGCGGUCACCUCUGCAGCGUCGCUCCGUUGGCAACGAGCGCAUACCCGAGGACGAGAUCGCCCAGCAACCAGUUACCUCAAGCGAAGCCGCCGAAUACGCAGCAGCCAUUGAGGAUGCUCGCCGCGAGCAGCGACAGCAGCAGCUGCAACUCCAACGGUCUCCGUCACGCCAUUGCUACAAGUCAGGCGGACGAGUCAACUCCAUAAGUGGAGCCGCGCGCGUGAGCAGCGCGGGCAGUCAAAGGGAGAGGCCCGAAGCUGUGGACAACAAUGGCAGUGCCGCGCAGCUGCAGCGCAGCGCCAGCACGGUCAGCGGCUUUGGUGUGCGUCCCCGCAGCAGCCCCGCGGGUCUGCAUGCCUACACGGGCUCGGUGCCGUCAUCUGUGCACGGAUCGCGGGUCGAUCUUCGAGAGGUUGACAAGGGCUCGGCUAUCUACUUGGGCUGUUCUGCGCCGCGUGCUUCAACGUUAUCGAUAACUUCGUCCCGUGGCUCAUCGGGCGGCUCGGCACCGCCCUCCCCAUGCAAUACCCCUCCUUCCAGCCCACGUCAUGGUGUCAGAAGAUCAACUAGCUUGGCGAAAAAGACCAGGUGAAGCCGUCUACUCUCAUCCAGCUCCGCUCGAAUAUUUGUCUACAGCAGAAGCUGCACACUCGUUUGUAAUCUCUUUGCGCGCUAACUUCAGCGAAACCUAUUGAGGAUCACUUCCUAUGAUUAUCAAUUAGACUCAGGUCUACAAGAGAUGAACGCCGAUCUCUUGCCGCUAUUUUUACACAUCUACUUCUUCUGUAGGUGCCCUAUACCAUUUUGUAGGCUUAAUAAUUCGUCUCAUUCGGAAGCAGUCUUAAUUUGUGCACAAUUCAAGUAUUAUAUAUUUAAUAUGCUCCAUAUAAACCUCACCAGAUGUUAAGCAACCCAAGAUGUUAGUCUUAAGUUUUAAUAUGAGUGACAGUUUAAGGGUACACAGGCUCAUAUUACAUUGCUCU